AAAGUAACUGCAAUUUAUCGUACAAUUUUCCAGCUUUUGGCGUUGUGAAAUGUCCAUAUGGAAACUCCGAUUGUCUUGUGACAAUGUAUGAUUCGCUCAUUCAAAAGUUGGCAGAUGGCAACAAGGAUUUGGAUAUACCACCACUAGAUCCCGUUGAAAUCAAGGAUUUUGUUAUAAAGACUCAAGAAAUAGGACCAUUCAAGAUUAACUGCACUUUUGACAAUUCCACUUUUCAUGGAUUCCGAAAUACGACAACCAAAAAGUUCACUGGCUUCCUGAAGGAUUUUGACGGCAAGGAGAAUGAAAUUAUGCUCUUCACACCCAAAUAUGUCAUGAACGGAAUCUACGAUGCACGAGGAACUCUCUUCGGCUUGCCUCUUCAAAUAUCAGGCAACAGCACAGUAAUCUUAUUAAAUGUGCACACACGGUUGAGAUUCAUAAGCAGAAAGUUGGAGAAGAAUGGAAAGAUUUAUGCCCGGAUAGAUAAUAUGAAAAUUAAAGCUGAGUUUGAUCGGAUGAGACUUGAAUUUCCCGAAUCUCGCGAGGAUAAUAGAAUUGUCGAAGAAAUUGCUUAUGAAUAUGUCAAUUCAAACUGGAAGCAGGUGUAUUCGAUUUUAAAAAGCUCAAUUUAUAAGACUUUUACUAAAAUAUGGCAAGACAUAUUCAAUCAGAUCACUACAAAGAUUCCUUACGAAGAGUUCUUCAUAGACGAAUAGAGUAAGAAUAGAAUUGAAGUAAAGGGUCAGGAGGAUCAGGGGGUGGAGAACAAUUAUUAAUAAAACACCUCAGUGUGUAUAAUUAAAAAUAAUUCAUAAUUUUAUUGCAAAGUUGCUAUUAGUUAUGAUAUAAUAGCAGACUAGACAUGCGUCAUAUAUGUAUUUUCAUCACUGCACAAUGCAAAUCGUUUUCCGACACUACUUUUAUGACGAUUUAUGCCUUUCAGACGAUCUAAUCCCACCCACACAGGUGUUAAUUCUUUUAUAUAUACAUAGAAAUUUAUUAUAUAAAUUCUCACUAUAUAAUUGAACGGAUCUAUUGAGAAAGAUUCGCAUUCCUAAGUUUGCUCGCAAAGUGAAAAGAUCAAACAAAAUGAAAGCUUUUCUCUCACUCGUACUCGUUGUAGGUCUACUAAAAGUUAAGUUAAUAGGUGGAUUUAAGUGUAAGUUUAGUGAAAGUUUUAUACGAUUUACAUGAAUAAAAAUAUUGCAUUCGAUUCUAUAAA